AUGACGUUGAUAUUAAUUGAAGUACGGGAAGCCAUUUGGGGAAGAAAACUAUUCAGAGCUCCAUUUAAGGUACACCUCGUACAAUAUAAUCCAGUUCUUGAACUUCUCGCCUUAGCAUCUAGAAAAGGUGAUAUUGUAGUUAAACGGCCUGGAUGGAAAAAAUGCUGGAAAAUUUCUUUGGCCGGAAAUCCAAAUAACACAGAGACUAGAUAUGUAGCGAGUAUGGUUUGGAAUCCUCAAGGAAACAUGCUAGCAGUUGGAAUGACUGAUGGAAUUUUCUUUCUCAUAAACGUGGACACUGGAGCUGUGCUGUGGACCAGUAGAUUACCUCCGAAGGGAGAUGAAUAUCCUGAAAUCACCAAUAUGAGAUGGCAUUGUGUAAAUAAGGAGAGUGAUUUCAUAAAAAGAAGAUUGCGGAUGUUUGGAAGCGAGGAAGAACAGAAAGCAAUGGCAUCCAUUGAAAUGCCACCGGAUACAUUCAAAGAGAUAUCACAUUUUGAAGAUAUCUUUCUGGACUCUUUGCAACAGACCUUCUUGUUUGCCAUCGCCAGCAAUCAUACAAUAACUGUCUUGGCAGGAGGGAUUGUUCCAAUAUGUGUGAUAGAUUUGCAUGAUUUGUGUGCUACUCUCAAAAUGACGCCCAUGAUCGUGCACGACGUGUUAUUAUCAGUUGACGACGACAAAGUUGUGAUUAGUUUAGAAGCUUACGGACCAAAGCCAACGUCUGACAUGAGCCCCUCAAAUGAGAGUCCUGGGAAACAUGCUUUGAUUCUUUCCGCUGACUUUACUAUCGAAGAGCCUUAUAACAUGUGGAAAUUAGCAUUAACAUAUUUGAGAACUGUUCUCAGACAUCGCUAUGUUGUCGCCACUUCUGAUAGCACCUUCAAGGAAUAUACCACGGCAAGACAGAUCUUCGCAAACAGAAUAAAUCCAUCUGGAGGAAAGCUAAAUUUCCUCAACACACUCGUCACUUCCAUGAUCUCUGAUACUCAAGUACCGCAGGAAGAAAUGAUUGUGGAAAAGCAUAUGACCCAAGUACUACGUGCUGUUCAUGAGUAUUAUUAUGCGUUCACUAAAGGUCUUCAGAAAUCUGUGAAUGGUGAUCUCACUGCAGCUGUACGUUGUUUAGCUCAUCAACUCGAAAAAUUUGAAGCACAGUUGUCUAUGGCAAAGACGAUCUCAAUAGAUUCCAUUCUUUUCCCGGAGAGAAACAAUGAUGUAAAUGUUUACCCUUUCAACUGUCGAGAGAACUUGUCACCCAAGAAAAGCUCAGUGUCAAAAGACAGUGAAGAACAGGUAUCUUUCGACAUGUGUGAACUAGCAGAAGAACUAACUAUCAAAAUCAGAGAACUCACUACGGCCAUAGUUCUGAACGUAAAAGAUAUACGGAAUUUUGAUGCUUGGCUCAGUUUAUCCCCGAUUGUCUCUCGUUCCAGUGGCAAGAAAGGAUACCAUGUGUAUUCGAGCUACGAUUUGGAGCGUAUUUGGAAGUACAUGAUCGACACGUUCCUGGAGAAUGGGGAGUACAAAGAUUACAUCAAGCGAGCCCUGUAUGAUCCAGAAAGUAUCAUUGCAGAGAUGGCUGAGGAUGAAGAGAAGAAUGGAGUGAAGGAUGGUCCGGACAACACCAAUAUCGCAACAUACACUCUAGACAAUACAAAUCAAAAAAUUUAUGUCAAAGCGGGUAAGCAGGUUGCGAACAAACCUACUUCUGCUAAUUACAAUGUCGAUGAAGAGCACAGUAGCCCACUGUUGUUCGAACCUCCGUUUGACAAGAUUUCUUGCUUCUGGGACCGAGAAGUGACUGACGAAACUAUUGACCUCAUUCAUCCUGAGACUUGCUACAAAGGAUUGAAAAACUAUUCACGGAAAUGCUCACUAGCAAGCUUGUUCGAUAAGAUUGGUGACGCUUUAGAUUCUAAGAAGCUGAUCAUAUCUAAAUUGGGAAAAUCUGAGAAAGUCAGAUGGGUUCAUGUGGUAGAUUCAGAUAGCUCUAUAGCUGAAUUCAAUGCGAUGCAUCUCCAUCAAAUUGAUGUGAAUUACAUAAGUUCAACCAGUGAACGAUCUCGUGCCAAAUAUAAUAGAGGCAUAUUCUCUGUCACUUGCCAUAAUAUGAACAAAUGUGUGAUGAAGGUAAUCCAUGAAAACCAGAGCUUCUCUUCACCAAACUCUUUCGAAUUGAAAUUAGGCGAUGUGCUCAACAACGGAACGCCACUGGAACAAGAGAAUACUAACCCUAAUCAACCCUUGUACAUAGCUAGUCAUGAGGACAUGACUGUUAACGAUACGAUCAUGGAAAUCGUUUGUGCGAACAGUGAUUUGGGAACAGGAAAUAGAAGAUUCUUGAAAAUCAAUGUCAACGAAAGGAAAUACGUCACCCAUUUGGAAUCUUUCCGAAUGAACCAAUGUGAACACAUUUGUAUAUCCUCAGACGGAUUGAGAGGAUGCUCUCUAGCUGACGAGCAGACUAAGAUUGCGUUGUUCAGCAGCUAUGAAAAGGCGAAAGUUGACGAGGAAAUUGUAUAA